CUGAAUUUCGAAGAACUGACAACUGUCCUCACGGAGGUAGAAGCCGUAGUCAACUCCCGUCCGGUGACUUUCAUUUCCACCGAUGCAAAAGAACGAGAGGCUCUCACUCCAGCACACUUUCUGGUGGGACACAAAUUGACCAGCCUUCCCUCCCAUCAAAUGCCAGAAGAAGAUCAAGCAAGCCCCGAAAACUUGGCGCGAGGUUGGAAAUAUCGAAACACAGUUAUGAAUCAAUUUUGGAGAAGAUGGAGAUCAGAAUAUUUGCUAGAACUGAGGUCAGCCCACAUCGCUAAACCCAGCAAUUCAAGCUGUAUACAAACCGGUGACCUGGUCCUUCUCAAGGGCAAUAGACUACCGCGACACAUGUGGAAACUGUGCAGGGUCAACGAGACAUUCCCAGGAAGGGACGGCAAGGUGCGGUCUUGCAGAAUAAUUACACCCAGUGGUCGUGAACUUUGCCAGCCGAUACAGUUAUUAUAUCCCCUGGAACUGUAAGAAUGAGCUUGUGCUCAUUUUCGGGGGAGUUUG